AUGCACGCUAAAGUCUCGCUCGUCGCUUUGGUCGUAUUUCUAACGCAAAGCCUUCGUGUUAUUGCUAUAUGCGAAGUCGAUCCCGCAUCGGAACCAUUUCAGGUAUUUGAUGAAAUGUUUAGAGAAAUUCUUGGCGAUUCACCUACGCUCGAACUUCUCCAUAACAGCAGUGAACCGGCCGAGUUUCACGAAGGCCCAGUUUACUAUUCCAACGGACAAAGCAGUUAUCUGUUGUACACAACACAACCACCGGCAGACUACACUGACGAGAAUGUAGAACCACAGAUCACCAUCCAGCAAUACGACAUAGCAAGCGAUACCAUUGCAACUUUCCGGAAUGCGUCUUUAGCAAAUAUGCCGAAUGGCCAGAGCAAGGAUUUGGAUGGCAAGCUAUUAACCUGUGAGCAAGGUUUCAGAGAUACAGCCCUUGGGCGGAUCACACGGACUGACAUGUCAACGGGGGAGGUCGAAGUAGUUAUCGAUUCCUAUUAUGGCAGGAAGUUCAACUCUCCCAACGACGUUGUGAUGAAAAGUGACGGGACUAUUUGGUUCACGGAUCCGGAGUACGGAUAUCAGCAGGCAUUUAAACCUUCGCCGGAAAUAGGGAAUUACUUAUCAUAUGUUCAGGCUGUCAGCAAAGGUUGGCAGCGCCUUCAGGAAGCACCGUCAAGCCCAAUACUCAUGUGGCUAGAUAGAGUUAAUGCCGCGUCAACAUUACGGGAUUCAAGACCAAAUACAUCGUUUCCAACAGAGGCAGCGGCACGAAAUGUUGCGCGACUUUACCACAUUUGA